AUGGUGGCGUAUUUGUUAGCUGCUAUUGUUGCUGUAUGCAUUAUAGUAUACUUGUUAGGAUGUAUUUGGUGUCGACGUAAAGAAAUGAGCGCAAUUGAUGCAGCUGAACUAUCAGCUCUAGUUACAAGCAGGAAAAUGGCUAAAAGAUAUUAUCGCAUUAAAAGAUCAAAACAAGAAGUCAAGAAAUUAUCUUUAGAUUUUCCUUCCUUGGAUAAUCCUCAAAACAAGACAGUAAAAACAGAUAAGAUUAAUUAUAAUUCAACUUCUUGGUCAGCUCGUGGUCGGCAUAAUGGUGUAUUACAUCAGCAUCAUUUAAGUGAUAGCGAGAUACCGGUGACUGAAUUAUCAUCGACCGUACAGACUUCUAAUUUGGGCUCAGGUACUAAUUUGCCGAGGGUGCUACAGAGAAGUUAUAGCGCUGAUUUAAACUUGAAAGAAGCGCAAUCAACUCGAGAAGAAUUAAAUAAAAUUUUUCAAAUAAAAAGCAAAAUGCUAGUUAAACAGCUGAGCAAGCGAGGACCAUCGAAGGCUAACACCCUACCCAAAAAUUAUAAGGAUUUAUCAGUCAGUGGAUCCAUCCAGUUUACACUCAAGUAUAAUGAAACAGAGCAAACUUUAUUCGUAAACGUGGUUAGCAUUCUUAAUCUGCUUGAGAAAGAGCACAAGAAUUUGUGUGAUCCAUUUGUUAUGAUUCAAAUUUUGCCUCAAGACGGUGAUACCUUGACAGGAGUCACAAAAAUCAAGCGCAAGACUAUUCAACCUGUAUUUAAUACAACGUUUUGCUUUAAAGGAACAGUAAGAGAUCUUAAAAGGAAAUCAAUAGAAUUUUUAGUUUUAGAUUACAACAAACAAAAACCACACAAAAUUUUGGGUCAAGUUUUAUUUCCUUUGGGUUUCUAUGCCUUCAAAGAAGAAUUAUCAUUGCAUUGGAAACGACUGGGAGUAUGUCCUAAGGAAUUUCCGAGCCCUGGCGAAAUACAGUUAUCUCUUAGACACGUGCCAUCAGAGGCAAAUGAUGAGGAAUUAAUCGUCGUUGUUCACCAAGCAAGAAAUUUGUUACCAAUGGAUAUCAAUACCAGCUUAUCGGACGCUCUUGUGGAAAUCACUAUUAAUACGUCCAGAAUACAGACACAGAAAAGAAAAACACAAACCGAAAGGCGAUCUUUGAAUCCCAUCUAUGAAGAAACCUUCCAUUUUAAGGUGUCAUCUAUGGAAUUGGCGAGUGCAACGAUUAGAUUUGAUGUUAUACAUGAUCAAGCCCCUAUUGAAUAUUAUACCAUUGGUUACAUUAUUAUGGAAGGGAGUCCAUCUAUUGGAAAGGAUAUCCAAGGGCCCUUCUUCUUGCAUUCCCUUCAGUCAACUGAAAUCAGUAAGAUUUGGUUUCCCUUGAACAUACACGUAUGA